CACGCUUCUACAUUUAAUAUUGGGUGUAUAUAUUUGCUGUCUUCUCUAGUUUACAUGUGUGUGUUUGCAUUUAGAUACUUUUACCGUCCUCUAUAGUACAUAUAUAAUGCACGUAUACACAUACUUUCUAAAAUAGUUCACCUAUCUGUACAUGUUCUGUCGUCUAUAGUUUACAUAUAAUGUACGUACAGCAAGAAUAGACAGCGCUAAGAUCAUCAAGCUACACCUAUCCUCCAGUGUACACGCAUGCACCGAAGUACUUUGCAUCAGACCACCGUCACUACUACAUCAGCUGCUUAGCAAUACAUAGACAGUACAUUGGCAUCGAUUGCACAACUCCAUCACCUGCAAUGGCGUCCCCAGCGCGUCUGUCGCGCGUGGCUGUGGUGGGGGGUGGUCUCAGUGGACUGAGUGCAGCCUACCACUUAGCACGCGCAGCACCACACGUCCAGGUAGUUGUGCUGGAGAGGUCUGCGCGUGUGGGUGGGUGGGUGCACACAUCCAAAGUACAUCACGUGGACGGGGAUGCGAUCAAGAGUCCGCUGAUACUGGAUACUGGCCCCCACUCUGUGCGAUCGGGUGUGCUGGCGUACGACAUGUGUGAAAUGGUCAGUCAGUGUGGCAUCGCAGACAAAGUGCUCUUAGCCAACCACACGCCUGAAGGGUCGCGACGGUAUGUGUACACCAACAACACACUCAACACACUACCCAUGGGGCUCAAGGACCUGGUCACUCGCCCAGGUAUGCUAUGUCACUUUGUGCACGAAUGCGUUGUCAUGGUUACGGUAGACG